AUGUCCUUUAGUGUAGUGCCGCCGAUGGAGGAAGCAGCCGAAGCCAUGUUUCCUCCCGACGACGGUGACUCUCCCAAUGGUGGUGACAAAAAAGGCCUCACGAAGGUGAGUAGCUCCGUCUUUUUGCUCAGCACGAUGUCGCUGGGAGUGGGUGUCUUCUCACUCCCCACCGUCUGGAACGAGAUUGGAUGGCUUUGGGGCAUGGGCCUUUGCUGCUACUUCGGGUUGUUGUCCACACUUCUCAUGCUGAACUUGCUGGACAUUGUGAAGCAUCACAACACGCAGUCCUGGGAGGAACUGUGCCGCUUUGCGCCGCUGGCCCGUACUUGCUCUCGGGUCAGUCUCCUCAUUUCCUUGCUCAUUGGCAAUGCAGCCCACAUGCAGACUAUCGCAGGAAUGCUUUUCGACAUCUUAACGUUUUUCAUAACCGACGACUACGGGCAAUACCAUUUCAGCAAUACACAGCGGGCUGUCUUGAUUCUGAUUUUCCUUGGCGUGGCCAGCCCUUUCUGCUUCGCCGACAAUCUCGCCACCUUGCAGCAUGUGGGGCACGGUGUUGCUUUUGUCGUGAUGCUGCUCUGUGCCGCCGUGGUCGUCUCCUCCUGCGUCACCGUCGGCCGUGGUCUCGGAGCCCACGGCGAGUUUGCCACACCAGCCACGGUGCCAGACUUCAAGGCCUUCCUCACCUCGGCUCCAAACGUUUGCUUUGCCUUCACCGGCAUGCUCAGCUUCUGGGAGGUUUUUGCGGCCCUCAAGAAGGGAGCAGGGGUGGAGGAAGCCUUCCCGCGCAUGAAGAAGACUGCUAUCUUUUCCGGCAUCUUGGUCCUCAGCUUGUACUUGCUGGUGUCAGGCUUCUGCAUUUGGACAUUCGGCACAGAGGCUGGCAAGCAGAAAAAGGGCAACGGCUACGGAAACGUGCUUUACAACUUCCCUAUUGAUGACUACCCGGUUACAUUGCUGUGCGCUGCCUUGGUGGUCGUGAUAGUCCUCGAAUAUCCCAUCAUCAACUUCCCAAUGGUCAACAUGAUCUUGAAUGUUCGGACUUUGGGCUUGAAGAACCGGAGAUACGCGAGGCACUUCGUCAGCCUUGCUGGGAUGCUAAUCGUCCUCCUGCUGGACCUUGCAGUGCCCGAUCUGCCGGACGUCUUUGGACUUUGUGGCUCUUUGGGCCUCAGCCUCUUUUGCUACGUAGUACCAGGCUACAUCUGCAUUGUGGCUGGCCGGGGGCUUCUGGGCAAGAUCGUGGGAGCCUUCGCGGUGGUGACAGGACUUACAAUGCUCUUCGGAGGCACCUUCUUCAUCCUGAAGAGGGUUGUCACAGGAACGGAAUGA